AUGAAAGGGUACCAUGUCAGCCGUAGCAUGUCCCAACAUUCCUCCGGUGGUGGCGGAGGAGGCCCCUGCCACUGCACGCCUGAGGACUGUGAUGGCCCGGGCAGAGACUACUACCAGGGUCACAGCGACGGCCACUAUUACCCUCCGGGAGGUCCGGCAGAGGCUCUGGCGCUGGAGAGGCACCAUUCCCACUCCCACUCCCACUCCCAUUCUGGCACGUUCCCUCGUUCCCACCCCAGCCAGCACCCGGCUCUCCAGUCGUUUGAUUCUUGCGAGGAGUGCCUGUCCUCAGGCCACGGAGGGAAGAUGCACCGCAUUCCCCCAAACCUGAUGGACCAGUUCGAGAAGCAGGUGCCCUUUCAUCCUGAUGGCUUCCACACGCUGCAGUACCAGCACACUGCUAGCGGGGGUGCUGAGCAACGCAGCGAAAGCCCCUCUCGCAUCCGUCACCUAGUCAACUCUGUGCAGCGCCUCUUUGCCAAGUCCCAUUCCCUGGAGGCACCAUCCAAACGGGAAUACAACGGGACAAGAGGAGGUGGGGACUACCGUGGCGAAAGAGGAGGAGGCCACAGGAGCGGAGGGGAGGAAAGUGGAGGUCACUACUCAGGCCACCAGUCUCGGUCCACCAGGAGGAGCAAGUCUCGAGAGCGUAGCAAGAGCGGAGACUCACGGCACGAGUCAGGCAGACGCCACCGCAGCAGGACAGCAGGCUGGUGGAGCUCUGACGACAACCUGGACAGCGACAGCAGCUUCCUGGUGAGCGGGGGCAGACGGGGGUAUCCCAGCGGACACGAAAGUCUGGAUGCUGCCAUCCAGGAGCUCACCAUGAAGAAGCCCAAGGAGCGCAGCGGAGGGCCGGGGCCAGGGGAGUGCAUGGCCUGUACCACAAUGGCUCUCGCUGGGAGUGAAGGAGGGGGACACCACGGGCACCACGGCCACUCCCUGAAGAGGAGCACCUGGUCAGCCAUGACAGUGAGUCAGGCAAGGGAGGUGUACCCUUCCACCAGAGGGGGAGGAGGCUACAACAAAGCCCUUGUGCCUGUGGAGAGCAAGCUGAAGGAGAGGACCUUUCACUAUCUGCAGGUCCCUUCAGAAGACUGGGGAGGUGGAUACGGCAGUGGCGGCCCAGCCGACAGCGCAGGGGAGAUUCCUUGCCGUCGUAUGCGAAGCGGCAGCUACAUCAAGGCCAUGGGUGAUGACGACAGUGCCGACUCAGACACCAGCCCCAAAGCCUCACCCAAGUCCACCCUGAUUGCUCAGAGGGAUGCCUUUCGACGAUCUAUCAGCAUGGAUCAAAGGUCAAAUGUCACAAAUUUUUGCAGCAUGAAGCAGCACUGGUCUUUGACUGUGCUGUUAAAGUACUCCUGUAAGCAGUGUACAGAUUCCUACCCCAACACCCGAACCACACCCAAAGCCCACACCCGCUCUCGUAGUUACACCCGCUCUCUGACCAGCUCACAGCUGGGAGAUACGUUGAACCGUCAGUUUGAGGCGGUGUGCGAGACCAUGUUUGGGGAGGUGGAGUCUCAAGCCGUGGAGGCCCUGGAUCUUCCAGGUGUGUUCCGCACCCGUAGCCACAGCUACGUUCGUGCCAUCCAGGCCGGCUGCUCCCAGGACGACGACUGCCUCUCCGUCUUCUCCAUGUCCGGCCCCCAGGGAAGCAUCAAGGGCGGGGCCGUCUUUCCUUAUCGUAAAGGUGCUCCUCCCCCACUCCCACCUCGCAUGUCCAAGUCUUCACUCUCGGUGCGGGCUCAGAGCAGCACUGAGUCCACCCAGGAUGCCUACUUCCAGAGCAGUGGACAGUUGGCCUCAGGUUCAGGCCCCGGGCGCCCCAAGCAGCACAGCAACUCUGUGGAUCUGGGCAGCUCUGACGGGCCCUCGGGUCGCUCCUCCAGAGGAGGCUACUACACCGCCACAGGCCCUGGACGUUCCAGGCAGCACAGUAACUCAGCAGAGAGCCUAGAUGGGGUCAGGGGUUCGCGGGAGCUUGUGCCCUACGGAGGGGGCCCGGGGGUCGGGGUGAGAGCCAAACACAGCAGCUCAGCUGACAGUCUGUUGGAGGGGCCACCGAGGCCGGCCAGGGAGAGGGACGGCAGGGUUGGGGGCAGUCUGGGGAAAUCAGUCUCUCUGCCUCAGAACAGCAUAGUGCUGAGUAAAGUUGGAGGGCAGGAUGAAGGACGAGCUGGGAGGAAGUGGAGUCCAUCCAUAGCUGUUCAGGUGGACAGCUCAGAGACUCUGUCAGAUUCAGACGGAGAGGGCAAAGCUCUUACAGAGGUCCACUCUAUAGGAGUCCAAGUGGAAGAUGAUAAAAGGCGGGCUCGUUUCAAGCGCUCCAACAGUGUGACAGCGAGCGUGCAGGCCGACCUGGACCCCGAGGGCUUCCCAGGACUCAGCAUUGCCGUGCCAACACAGGACAAGAGCCUUCAGUUCGGCUGUUCAUUCCAAAGGCACUCGUCAGAGCCUGAGUCCGCGAGCCAGUACACAGAGUGUCACCGCACCGUCCACACGCAGGGACAGUGGGCCUACAGAGAGGACUUUAUCCAGAGUGGGUACACCACUGAGGCCUGCCCAGCAGACCCACGGCCCCACCAGCACCCGCACUUGCCGCCACGUUCCCACUCCCCUCUGCCCAUCACCUCUGAGCGAGCCUGGGCGGGGACGCCGUCCCUGGAGGGCCCCCGAAGCCUGCCCGACUCGGGCCGAGCCUCGCCCUGCAUGAGAGAUGGAGAGUUCUUCUUACGCCUCCUACAGACGGAGGUGGAAAGGAUGGAGGGCUGGUGCCAGAACAUGGAGAGGGAGGCUGAGGAGAACGAACUGCCAGAGGAGAUUCUUGAGCUGAUUCGAAAUGCAGUUGGCAGCGCCCAGAUGCUCAUGUCUCAGAAAGUCCAGCAAUUCUUCCGCCUCUGCCAACAAAGCGUGGACCCAUCAGCCUACCCCCAGCCCACCUCUCAGGACCUGGCAGGCUUCUGGGACCUGCUCCAGCUCAACAUAGAGGAUGUCAGGGUCAAGUUUCAGGACCUCCAGAGGCUCAAGGACUCUGGUUGGAGGCUCCCACCUGAAAAGAAGGAGGACAAGAAGCUUCCUCCUCCCUUACCAAAGAAGCCAGCAGGCGGGGUGAGCGGCAGCCUCCGGGCCGAUAGCAUUGGGGAUGUGGGCGCCGGAGGUGGAGGAGUGGGUUCGGGGGGCCUGGUGGUGCCUCGCGUGGGUGGACACACCCUACCCAUCAGGGAGAAGUCCCUGGACCUCGGGGACCGUCAGAGGACAGAAGCGAGGAGGAGGCUGCUGCAGACCAAGAGAACCGCCUCCUUCCGGCAGAACUCGGCCACAGAGAGCGCCGACAGCAUCGAGAUCUACAUCCCCGAAGCCCAGACUCGACUCUGA